CCUGUAAAGUUGUGGGAUUUUGCAAGGUUCUCUCUGAACGUGCUUGAAUAAUUGUAUCGCUCUACGUUUUCAAAAGAUUUAACGAAUUAAGCCGAGAAUAACAGUGAAGAUCACUCUGCUGGGAAUGGGUUGUUGUUUUAGCGGUGAGGACGAGACAGAAGGCCCAGUAAGUCAGUGUUCAAUUGCUCUUUCGUUUGGAUGUCAUGUGACUGUCAUUGAUAAUUUGCACGUAUGNCCUGUUUUAUUUUCAAGGUCAAAAUUGUCAGCUGUUAAUGGUUCAACCCUCCAGAACACGUCUGACCUCCCAAAUGGAGUCAAAGUUCCUCAAACAGUGUUAGCCAGUGAACCAAUACCACAAGGAGACAUCAUGUUUGCAAUCCAGGCUGCUAAAGGAGCAGACGUUUCAUUAUCUGGCUUUCAUGUCGAACACAGGGAUGAGCUAGUGGUACAGUUUGAAUCAUCGUAGGAAUUCUGAUGCAACCAAGAAUGAAGUAUUUAUUGAAAUUCAAAACUACAGUACAUUAUCACCUGGCCAGUAAUCAUUAGUAAUUUGCAGAGCAUCCUCUGUCAGUAGAUGAGAGGUAAUAGAUAAACACAAGCAGUGAAGGGGAAAACAAAGGGCAUUGUGGUAUAGCUCUCCCCACUCCUCUUUGUAAUUCCCAAGGCUCCUGUUGUUGUCCCACCCCCUGCCAACCCAACCUCCCCAGGAGCAUGGUAGUACUUAAUCUUAGAUUUUUGUUUAAAAUGACUUAUCAAUGAUAAGUAGUGGAAUAAAUUGUUAUGAGGAGCAUAUGAGAUAA